CUCCUGACUGGCAGAAACAUGUUGACCUCUGCAGAGAUGGAUGACUCUAAGCUCUUGCAGUAGAGCCCUUGGGAUCCUGAGCAGCUUGAUGCUGAGGGAGGUUACUGCUCUCAAAUUGCCCCUUACAGGUGACAGUGAUCCUAAUAGAUUUACAUGGGGGGAGUUUCCAGAGAACGCUCAAGAGAUUCCACGGAGUCUAGAGAUCGAGGACUUUACUCUUGAUGUAGCCCCAACCAGUGGUCGUGUGAGCUCACCCACCAUCCUUCGACUUCACCCGUUAACUGCAAAACCAGCGCACCUGCACGCCAAUCUACCGCUUCGCUUCGGACGGGAUGCGCAGGCGGGUGCAGGUGACCGCGCGCCCAAGUCCACCAUCAACCUCCCUCAGCGGUUCGGACGGUCCUGCACUAUGUGUGCGCGCUCAGGGACUGGACCCUCAGCAACCCUACCGCAAAGGUUCGGGAGGAGGAACGUAUUCACUGUAACCCCCUUUCAUGCCUUGACUUUGUACACACGUACACCUGAAGCACCAUUCCCAAAAGAAAGGACUCAAGUCCGCGACUACCUGUUUGAAACAGAAGACUCAGAAGAAACUGCAAAGAGCACAGAAUACACGGCUCUAGACUAAUGGAGCCCAGCGGUUGAUGUGAGAUGUUUUGUUCGUGAGUGUUAUGAAGUGAUGUAUGUGCAUCUGUACUUG